AUGGUAACGGAUCUGAUAGCGGAGGGCUUCAUCGCGGCGUAUAAAUGCUUCACUUCAAGACGGGGUAUUUGUGCGACUCUGACCAGUGACAGGGGACUCAACUUCAUCGGGGCAGAGACAGAACUCAGGAAUCUCUUCGACCAGGCAUCCAGCAAAUCGGCUGUCAUCAGGGAUCGGCUAGCAUCAGACGGGAUACAGUGGAUAUUCAACCCCUCUCACUCGCCACAUACGGGAGGCAAGUGGGAGGCCGCUGUGAAGUCAACAAAACAUCACCUCAGGAGGACCAUCGGAACCUCGACCUUGACGUACGAAGAAUUUACGACUCUUCUGACUCAGGUCGAGGCCAUACUCAACUCUGGGCCACUCUGCCCACUCAUCAACCACCCGCAAAACACAUCAGCCCUGACACCGGGGCACUUCAUCAUCGGAAAACCGCUCACGGCGGUUCCUGAACCAUCACUCCAGCAAAUCACCACGGAUAGACUCAACAGGUGGCAAAUUAUCACCCAGAGGAUCCAAAACUUCUGGGAGCAUUGA